AGUGAAUUUAUGAGGGUAUCUGUGCUAUUAAGCCAAUGGAUCUGGGGGUACAGUUUGCUGAAAGUUGGCUACAUGGCAGGGAAUUUAUGGGGGUAUCUGUGCUAUUAAACCAGUGGAUCUGGGGGUACAGUUGGCAGUAGGUUGGGUACAUGGCAGUGAAUUAUGGGGGUGUCACUGGGAGCAUGUAAGUUCAGUUGCCAGGCAGAUUUUCGUUUCGGAAAAAUUUGUGCUACAAAUGCAGAAAUCAAUGUGUGCAAAGACACAGUAUCACGUUCACCAGCAGGGGCUCAGCAGUAACCCUACAAACACCUGAGCUCCAGAACAACCUCUCACAAAAGCUUAACACAGACUCCUAAUGAUUUCAGGCUGCAGCUAUUUAUGGCUUCCAGACACGUCUCCCCUAUAAAUAUUCAUUAAGAGAGGCUCCCCACCCCUUUAGGCAGUGGCUUCUCUGGGAACUCUAGAACCAGCCUGGCACUGAGGUUCCCACCGCUGAUCAGAGAGUCUCACUAACUGCCAACUAUGAAACGGCAAUUGUGCUCACAGGAUGAUGACAGCUCAGAGGAGGAGGAAGAAGACACCUUUGAACAUGUGAUAUACAAGAAUAAGAAAAUGAGACUAAUACUGGAUGGAGAUAAAGUAAAAAACACCAUUGGACGAAUUCGAAGUGAAGCUCAGGGGGGAUGGGAAGUGACCAGAAGACCAAGCGUCCAACUAGCCGGCGUGUCUGUAGGUCUGUCCAGUACUGUUAAUAUGAUUGACAAGUUUGAUAGGCCGCUCAAUUUUUCUGCUACUGGUCCCUAUGUGGAGGCCGGUUACUAUGAACACAGAGGGGAGAAUUCCCCCGGGAAGCGGAUCCCUAAGGCUGGAGCCAUGGUUGGAGCUGGGCUGGGGAGGGUCAGUGCAGAAUGUGGGGUGUGUGAUUUUGAAGCCAAGGGCCCGAAUGUCUCGGCUGGAGUGGAAGUCAGUGCUACUGGAGCAAGUGCAAUGGCCAGAGCGGAGGUGGCUAGUGUUUCUGCCUCUGUGGGCCCUCUCAAUGCCACCCUGGCCCUAGGGGUAGAUACAGGGUUGGAGGUGGGAGAGGAUGGGUUUGAGGUGCAGUUCUUAGGCACUGGCUUUAAAGUUGGACCGAGAUCAAGUGUUUCUCUCCUUGGCUGUAAACUUGAAUUUCCAUAGAACAGGCCCCUUAUAACAAAUUCUGGGGGUCACUUAUCAAAGGCAAAAAUAUCCCUCGUCAUUGGCACAGUCACCCACAUACAAUAUAGUUGGAUUGGGGCAACUGGAGCUUCAUAGAACUUUGACCUUGUGUAAAAAGGACAAUCCUCUGCCUGAGACUGAUGGACCUCUGCUCAGAUAAGCCCAUCUCUCACUGGUCCCCAUGCCACCAGUACUUUACUUUAUGGACUGCUAUUGCUAUAGAUCAUACAUAUCCUUUGUCUUUAUAGUCACCAGGUGCUUUAAUUCUUCUUUUCCAGCCCAAAGCAUUAUGGGAUGCCCUAAAGCCUUUACCGGGGGGUCACCCUAUAUUCUCUGCCCAAGUUACCAGUUUUAUUUUGUUCAGUUGGCUCCUGUGGCCCCAAAACACUGUAUUGUUAUUGCCAUGUGUGUUACACAACAAUUGUGUUUUUGCUUCAAUAGACAAUGAGCCGUGGGCUGCGAGUUGUGACGCACUUGUAGGGAGGAACCUGAUCAGGAACAGGAAUGUGUGGGAGAGAUAAAGAGGCUCAGGGAGGAUCCCUCUGAUUACUAUGAGGCCCCCCAUUCUAUAUUCAAUGCUAACUGACUGUAUUUGCUUCUUAUACAUGUAACCCUAAUGUCUGUAUUAACCAAUGGCUGUUUCCUACUAUAAUGUGAUUAUUAUAUAAUUAGUAUAACUGUGUAUUAAUAUUGUAAUGAACCUCAGGAGCCUCUGAGAUACUCUCCUCACAUAUAAACUCAAUAAAAUAUUCCUCUUUCACUUUAA